AUGCCUGGCAUCGUCCAGCGAGGACGAAAGCGACCUUCGCGAGCUAUUAGCGAAGAUGUAAACGAGCACUCUGACACCUCCUCCCCGCCGUCCUCCCCAGGCAAACGCGCCCGCCACGAUCAAGACGCGCCCAAUGGUUUCCUCCAAACGAACGGCCACCCGAACGGUUCGAGCGCGUACGGCGAAAUCGAUUUCAAAGCGGGAUCGCUCGUCAGAGUGAAGCUCACAAACUUUGUCACGUACACGGCUGCAGAGUUUCAUCUGGGGCCGAGCCUGAACAUGGUCAUUGGUCCAAAUGGCACAGGAAAAAGUACCUUGGUUUGCGCAAUCUGUCUAGGCCUGGGAUGGAGCAGUGAACACCUAGGGAGAGCUAAAGAGGUGGGCCAAUUUGUCAAGCACGGUGCGACAGAAGCCAUCAUCGAGAUCGAGCUUGCAACGGGCCCUGGCAAAGGCCCCAAUCGGAGAGUCAAACGUAUCAUCCGCAAGGAAGACAACAAGUCCAUCUUCUUCCUCGAAGAUAGGCGCGUCACACAGAAAGAUGUCAUGGCGAUGGCCAGAGGGUAUUCCAUCCAAAUCGACAACCUCUGCCAGUUCUUGCCGCAGGACCGUGUCGUGGCAUUCUCUCAGAUGACCGACGUCGAGCGCUUACGAGAAACUCAACGGGCCGCAGCGCCUCCCUACAUGGUGGAAUGGCAUGAUCAGCUAAAGGCCCUGCGUGCCGAAGAGCGAUCGGUGGAGACGAAGCAGAGCAACGAACGCAGCCAUUUGGAGAAGUUGGAGAAACAACAAAACUCAACGAGAGACGAUGUGGACCGCCACCAUCAACGAGAAGGUUUGAUGCGGAAGUCAAAAUGCUUAGAAAAGGUCAAACCCAUAAUUGAAAUGAAGAUUCUCAGGACGGACAUCACUGAGAUCAAGAAAGAAAUACGAGAAGCUAAACUGGAGCUCGAUCAGAUCAAAAUCGACAUAGAGCCAGCGCGUCAAGCUCAAUUGGCAGUCGAAGCAUACCGGAGCCAAGUAGAGCAGGUUGUGAACCUUCGCAAGAAUCGCGUCGACACGAUCAAGACUCAGACGGACAAAAUAGCGACAAAAGUCGAUACAGAAAAGGCGAUAGUAACGGAGUCUACAGUGCAGAUCAAAGCCGAGCUAGCGUCCAAGAAGACUAGCGAGCAAGACAUGAUCCGCCUGAAUCGUGACAUCAACAAGCUGGAACAACAGCGAAGCAGCGUGCCCGAGCAUUACGACGCCGAGUCUUAUGAACAGCGCAAGGCAGACCUACGUACUCAAAUAUCAUCCAGGUCCAACCUCAUUCUCGAGAAGAGGAGUGCAUUGAAGGAUAUUCAAAGCCGCGCACAUGACAUCAAGAGACAGGGCGAAGCGUUGAGAGCUCAAGGCGAACGACUGAACACUCAAAGCGGAAAGCAAGCCAGCCUACUACAGAAGCUUUCCCGCGAUACAGCCGUUGCGUGGGAUUGGGUUCAGAAGCACAGAGACUCACUGAAUUUGAAAGGCCAGGUGUACGGCCCACCCAUCCUAGAAUGUUCCAUCACAGACCCCAGGUAUGCUCAGGCCGUCGAGGGGCAGUUGAGAAAAGGUGAUGUCCUUGCUAUUACUUGUACCAACAAAGAUGAUCAGAACUUGCUGAUGGAUCGUCUCCUAACCAAGAGGAAUGGACUGGGACUUCAAGAUGUUUAUCUUCGAACAUCACCGAGGCCUCUUUCUUCAUACCAAAAGCCUGUCGCUGGAGCAGACUUGAAUCAAUACGGAUUUGAGGGAUACAUGCUAGACUACAUCACAGGACCGGAUGAAAUUCUAGCUAUGCUUUGCGAUAACACCAAACUGCAUCAGGUUGCGUAUGCUGCAACUCAAAUAUCUGAUGAGCAACAUGAGGCCGUGUUGAACAGCUCGAUCCGCAGCUGGGUCAGUGGCGCAACCACGUUUCGAGUUAAUUCGCGUUACGGUCAGUUGUCCACGUUGACCACGAAACUUAGACCGGCAGCAUUUUUCGUAGAUCAGCCAGCCAACACGGAUGAAAUACGAGAGCUUCAUGAGAGGCAAAAGGAGCUAGUGCGAGAGAAGGAAGAGCUGCUUGAGAACAACAACCUAGUCAAGAAUGAGGUCAAAACUCUCGAAGAGGAGAUUGAAGAAUUGAAACAAGAAAAGGAUGCUGUACAAGCUGAGCAAGAUGGCAUCAAGAAGGCCUUAGCCGAAUGGGAAGCUCUUCCUGGAAAAAUUGCUUCGAAGCAAACAGAUUUGGACAAUCAUAGACAGAAGAUUGCGGAAACGGCCGACCGCAUUCGAGUGAUCAAAGCCGACGCUCGUGUCGCUUCACUGAACGCAGCCAAUCUAACGCUUGACUACGCUAAAGCCGUCACACAGAUGAGGACAUUCCAUGAAUCGCUUGUGGAGGCUGAAAUUAGGUUCCUCGAAGCGAAAUCUGAGCUGAGGGGCUUGAUACGAGAAAACAGCGAAAUAUUGGAGAAACAACAAGCACAGGAGUAUAAAAUUGCUGAGCUUGACCGACGCCAUCAAGCUCUUCGAACCGACUACAGGAAACUUCAUGAUGUCACGCAGAGAGACAUUCACAACUUCACUGAAGAAGAGAACCAGAUUAUCCUCGAGUACAAAGAGCUUCCCAGCGUUGAAGCUCUAGAGCUCGAGAUUCAGUCUGUUACUGCACGAUUAGAGAUGAUGGCUGAAGGCAACCCUGGAGCGAUCAGGGCUUACCAGAAGCGUGAAGAAGAUAUCAAAACGACGCGAGCUAAGCUGGACGAGUACGCUCAUAGUCUCGAACAGACGAAGGACGAGAUCAACGAAAUCCGGGCACAGUGGGAGCCUGAGCUCGACGCUCUGAUUAGUAAGAUCAGCGCAGCCUUCGCGUACAACUUCGAACAAAUUGGAUGCGCUGGUGAUGUUCAGGUAAACAAAGACGAAGCAGACUUUGACAACUGGUCCGUUCAAAUUUCAGUUCGCUUCCGAGAAAAUGAGCCGCUGAGCAUCCUAGAUUCCCACCGCCAAUCUGGUGGCGAGCGCGCCGUUUCAACCAUCUUCUAUCUCAUGGCCUUACAAGACCUUGCCCAGUCGCCCUUCCGCGUCGUCGACGAAAUCAACCAGGGUAUGGACCCCCGCAACGAACGUAUGGUACAUGAGCGCAUGGUGGAUAUUGCAUGCCAAGAAAACACAAGUCAAUACUUCCUUGUCACGCCCAAACUUUUGCCAGGCCUAAAGUACCACGAGAAGAUGAAGGUGCAUAUUAUCAACUCUGGAGAGUAUAUUCCUGUGGCAACGGGCAAGAAGAAUGAGUGGAAUCUUUCAAGCAUGGCGGAGAUUGCGCUAGCGGUUAGACGGAAUGUUGCUGUUGCUUGA